AUGUGUCAGAGGGAUGAUGUGCCAGUUCCAUCUCUAGGCAUCAAAAGGCUUAGUCCUUCUAAAUCCUUUCCUGGAUCCCUGCCACGUCUUGAAAACAAGACUGCUGAAGAACAAGAAAAUGUGGAACAAACCCCAGUUGUCCCAGCUGAGGUCAUCCUAGGGCAGCAUAAGGCUAGAGACCCCAAAUAUACCGGUACACUGGAGACGUUGGAAGACGUGGAUAUUGAGCCUGCUUUUGGAAGACUGAGUAGUUGUUUGGAAGACAUGGAGAUGCUGGAAGACGUGGAGAUGUUGGAAGACGUGGAGAUGCUGGAAGACACAGAGAUGCUGGAAGACGAGCAGAUGCUGGAAGCCCUGGAGAUGCUGGAAGACCUGGAGAUGUAGGAAGACAUGGAUUUUCUGGAAGACGUGGUGUUUUUGGAAGACGUGGAUUUUCUGGAAGACACCCCUUUGUUGGAAGACAUGGAUUUUCCGGAAGACGCACCUUUUUUGGAAGACGUGAAUUUUCUGGAAGACGCACCUUUGUUGGAAGACGUGGAUUUUCUGGAAGACAUGGCUUUGUCGGAAGACGUGGAUUUUCUGGAAGAUGCCGCUUUGUUGGAAGACGUGGAUUUUCUGGAAGACGCACCUUUGUUGGAAGACAUGGUUUCUGGAAGACGUGGAUUUUCUGGAAGACAUGGGUAGGCUGGAAGACAUGAAUUUGAUGGAAGACACAGUUUUGUUGGAAGACAAGGAUUUGCUGGAAGACGUGGAUUACUUGGAUAGGCUGGAAGACCUGGAGGUCACUGGAAGACAUGGAUUUCCUGGAAGACAUGGCUUUUCUGGAAGACAUGGAUUUUCAGGAAGACCCGAAUUGUCCGGAAGACCUGGAUUAUUUGGAAGACAUAG